AGAUGAUUUAAGGAGUUUCUGUUCAAAUUACAAAGGUAUGCAUAUAUGCAUAUACACGUGCCAAAUACCACCAACACCACAGCGAGUUAAUCGAUCGAUUUUUGACACUUCAUUCAUAACAGAAAAAGAUUCAGAACUGGGUAAUUUAAGAUUGGUUUACUGUUGGGUCAACACAGUAAGAGAAGCAGAAGCCGUGCUCGAAUGAAAUGUUAGCAUAAACAAAAAAGCCCUAGUCAAUAAUUGGCUGUUAGACGAUUCAAAGAAUAAUAACAGUAAAUGGCACCAUCUAAGGAAAAAUGGGUACGAAGAUUCCUCAUCAAUGAGACUACGCGUCACAGAAAAGGAUUUACCGUCUACAAAGUUACAUCAGUGGUUGAUAUAUCCUAAAUCAGCCCCGGAAGCUGUGUCCAGAGUUUCGGUUUGGAAACGAUACAGCGACUUCAGGAAGUUGUACCUGGAACUGAGCAGUCGUCAUGAUUCAUUGAGGAUCAAAGAAGCCUUUCCACCUUUUCCAAAACCUAAGUUCUUUGGCCGUUUUGAGGCGGAAGUCAUUGAGGAGCGACGACAAUGCGCAACCAGACUUCUGGAGUUUGUAGCAAGACACACUCCACUUUUCACUAGCAACGUAGUUGUAAAGUUCUUCGAGUCUGGACACGCCAGAGACUAUCUAACCGACUGUUCGGCGUCUAUCAGCUCUGAUACCUCUGAGGAGGACCCGAACUUGAACUCCGCCCUCAGAGGCACCAGCUACGUUCCAACCACUGUGCAGAAUACUCAAUUCACAACUUCAAACGGCAAAACAAUCUUACUAGGUAAUAAUGAUAUUGAUAGAAGUGAUAAUGUUCUCCAGAGCUUAUCUGUGAACAAUAACUACAUUGAUGAAAUUGGCGGGGCCGGUGAGAAGAGCGUCUAUGAAGAUGAUACCGAGCCAAUCGAUAAUAAAAAUGACGAGGAGAAACUUGAGAGGCAAUCGUCAUGCUGUGACGGGCACGAUUCCCCUGAAUUCACAGCAUCCCUUCAAGCUUCAAAUGGCUUUUCAGUCCAUGAUGGGUCUGACUUACCAGAGGGUGCAGCUGAAGACUUGAGCAGUUAUAUUCUGGUAUCGGCUGCCCACAUGAGCGCAGCCUUCAGACACGAGGCUGUGUGUGAAUAUGAGGAAGCAUUCACACAGUAUAAAUUGGGCAUAGCAAACCUACUCAAUGGUGUUCAGUCUGACCCUGAUUACGGGCGCAGAGCGACGAUCAAAGAGAAGAUAUCCAAGUAUUUGGAGAGAGCGGAGAGACUUUACAACAGGCAUCUGAACUGUAACGUAGCAGUGCUUUGCAAGCCUACGAGCGAAUUGGGAAAUUAUAAAGUAUUACGAGUCAUGGGCUCGGUUAUGCUGGUCAGAGACACUUUGCGCGAUUGCAAUAGAGUUAUAAAGACAGUCCAAAAACCAGCUGGGAGCCUUGAGAAUCUCAGCGAUUACAUCCUACGUGGAAAAAUCCCGUUCAUGGUACGGCUUUACGCAUGCAUAGAAACGGAUUCGACGAUAUUUCUUGUCCUGCAACAUGCGAGUGGAGGAAAGCUAUGGGAAUAUAUCAAGUCUUACUACAAGGGCCGCAGCACAAUCUCUAAUUGGCGAGAGAAAGGGCACACAAGGUCAGCAAGUUGCGACGCUAUUAUUCAGUCAAGUCUGGAAAAGAAGUUGGAAGUUAAGGAAAGACCGUCGUCGAAAAUUGAUGGACUUUGUGAGAUCUCGAAAAACAGAUCAUGUGGCAGCAGAGAAAAUCUCGAUCAUCAAGAAGAGGAGGCGAUUGAUCCUGAUGAAUCGCUCAGAAGAUUGGAGGCUGAAUUUGGAGCCAACGCUGCGCCUGUUAAAACAUUUCCAACCACAGACUUACUCGCUAAAGCCCAAGAGCUUCUGCGAUCCGUCGACGCCACUCUGAAGAAGAGCAACUCGAUAGCCAGCAGGUUGAAUGAGUCUGGCACUUUACUGUACAGCAAAGAUAAACCGGAUCAUUCUCGAAAUUUAGAUGACAGUGGGGAGUUUCAGGCCCUGAAUUCAAUAGGAAUCGAUAAAUUCAGCCAAGGUAACAGCAAAGAUGGUGUUCACGGUAUUGGAUCUGGAAAUACAGAUCUGAAGGCAGAAAACAAAAGAUCAGACGAAGCUUUGGCAAAUUCGAAGUCUAAUUUUGUUGAGAACUUCAAAGCUGACGGUGAGUCAGUGAAACAAUCGUCAAAACUCAAUGGCUCACAUAGAGCGAUGGAGGAAACGCUCAAUUCCAGUCAAUUGCAAUCGAUUGUUAACGAAGACAGCGGUAUUGAAAUGGAUGACGAACUCUGGAAGCUUCCUGAAGGAUCCAUCCGAUAUUGGGCAGCUGAAAUACUCCUGGCUCUGGAAUCUCUGCACCAGCAGGGUGUCAUAGUUGGGGAUUUAAAACCAGAUAACAUACUACUAGGCAGCGGUGGCCACGUCGCGAUGAGCUACAUUGUCCCGAAACGAAGCUUCGAACUCUUGCAACUAAAGAAACCCUACUCAGCUCCUGAACUUUGUAUUUUCUCACCAACGAUUCCACCUUCCACUGCUGCGGAUAUUUGGAGCUACGGAGUCCUGCUCUACGAGCUCUUUACUGGAAUUAAAUUCCAAGCUAGACAUCCUGGACCAUAUCACUCGCAUUCUAUUCUCAACAUUCCCGAAGAACUAUCGGCAAACGUAAAAUCAUUGAUCUCUAACGUAUUGCGGUACAAGCCAGAGGAGCGUUUAACUAUUCCCGAAAUCAAAGAGUCUCCAUUCUUCUCUAGUAUUGAUUGGAGUGCCUGGGAUAAUUCUAGUUUUACCUAGUCUUAAUAUAUUUUUUUCCUCCUGCAGUACGCCAUAUCAUGUAAUUAUCAAUCUCCAGUCAGUGUAUACCUAGUUGAUUGAAAAAUGACGAACAAAAAAUAUUUAUCACAAUUGAUAUAACUAAAAAUAUAUAAUAUGUA